CUCCUGCAUGACCUCUCACUUUGAGGCAAAUUUGAAUACCAGAAGAUCCAGCUGCACUGACCACGCCUCUGCAUGUCAUUUACUCUGCCUCUAAUAUCUGAAGCGUAUAUAAACCACAGCAGACUCUCUAGUCUGGCAGAGCAGCAGAGGCAGUGCAGCUUGAUACUGAAGGUCAAUAAAGCAGCUUUUUUACACAAACAAGUGGACGAUGGCUGGUGAACAACGCUUUGUGAUGAGUGCCCGCAUUAUCGGAGCCGUCCACAGGGACUCACCAAAACUGAAGAUGUUCAUGAUAUCUGUGUUGUGGUCUGAUGAGACUGACGUUAUUGUCUACAGGUCCUUCAAGGAAUUCAAGAAAUUGCAUAUGCAAUUGAAAAAGAGGUUCCCUCAAAUGAACCCUUUCAGGAAAAACAACAGAGUGAUCCCCAAAUUUAGAGGGCAGGCCAGGAGGAACAGCCUCCAGCAGAAAGGAUCCAAGCGAUCCGUCCAACACAUGAAGUUCCUGGAGAGCUACUGCGACGAGCUGUUGAAGUGCGACCAAACUGUGACUCAGAGCUCCGUGGUUUUUCAGUUCUUCAUGCCCAAAGACCACGACCUGCAGCCGGACUUCACCAAGAACAGCAUCAUGAUCCUGCUGUCUGAUGAUCUGCCAGAUGGCUCAGCUGGAGGAGGCGGUGAUGUGACGCGCCAGCAUGCAGGCAGCGUCACUCACCCGUUUGUCACCCAGACUGUCCGCUGCGUGGCCGCUUACGAGACAAAGGACACCAAGAAUCGUCCAUUUAAGGUCUCUGUGGACGAGAAGCUGGAUGUUUUGAUUAAAGACCCUACAGGUUGGUGGCUGGUGGAGAACGAGGAUAAGCGUUUGGCUUGGUUUCCUGCUCCCUACCUGGAGUUAUGGGAAGGAGAGGACGACGAGGACGAUGAUGAUGCUGGAUUCAAGCUUGCAGGUGCCCUGUACUGCGCAGUGAGGAGUUACUCAACUAAGAAGGAUGACGAGGUGUCUGUGCCCAUUGGCUCUGUGGUGGAAGUGCUGAGGAAGUCUGACAACGGCUGGUGGCUCAUCAGGUUCAAUGGCAAAUCAGGUUACAUCCCCUCCAUGAACUUGAAACCAUACAACAAUCCCCGGGCAGGCCUUUACAGCCUGCAGAGAAAGCUGCACAGUUCCACUCUGAACCUGGCAACCAGCAGGGAACCUCAGGCUCCUCGUCCACCCGGCACAAACAAAGAAAACAGCCCACGACGGGGUUCUCUAGGUCAGACAAGAGGAGAGCCCAGUGUGCCAGGGCGUCUACAAAAGGCUCGAUCUCUGGAUGUCCUCUCUGAGAACUGGUCGCAAACACAGAUGGAGAGUGACGCCUCAACCUCAGGCUUCUCCCCAAGCAGUGAAUCAUCGAUUCCCACAGGCAGUCCUACAGCCUCUUUCCAGCCUGGUUUCAGUGACAAUGGGAGCAGCAGCCCUGAUCUCAGUUUCUACGACCAACAUGUAUCCAACACAAGCUCUGACAGCUCUGGAUCUGUGAGCUCCACAGGAAGUGAGACGGCUCCCAGGAUGCCACCCAGGCCAAAAACCGAGGAAAUCCUGACCCGCUGCACCACCAUGACCCGCAAGGCAGCCCUGGCCACCAAGACCCGGCUUCAGAUUCAGCCAGAGUUGAUCCACAGCCGCUAAGGAAUCACCAGCCAUUGAUCUAUGAAGUAUUCAUGGGACAUAUAUAACCUGUUUGACCCCAUAGGGUCUGUCAAUCAAGUGUGUUUUGUGCAGCAUUGUUUAUAUCUCUAUUUAAAGUUGUUUCUAAUACCAGAAAUGUAAGAGAUAGUAACCUAUAGAUAGGUUGAAAACCACAAGAUAUGCAUAAUAACAAUAAUGUAGCUUCAGUGAAGCGUCAGAAGAAGCACAAACGAGAAAAUAAAUUGUCAUCCAAAAGUAAAAUAAAUAUUCUGUCUCGGUUUGAAGCCACUUAAGGGUUCAUUUAAGUUUAAGAUUGCUGAAGUUGAAGAGGUUAAAUAUUUACACUAAACUGUACUCCGGUGUGAAGGCUUCUUGAUCCACUUCCAAAUGAAGGCAUUGAAAUGUGUCAAACAAGCUGCUAGCAGACGGGAAAGGAUUACCAGUUCCCUUUCAGAACAUGUUCUUAUUUAUUAUAUAUUGAUUAUUUGGUUGCUUAUCUCAUGACUAUGUAUAUUGUUGUCCAUUGAUGUACAGUAUGUGCUGCAUUAUAACCUGUUCACAAUGCAGCUUGUAAGUUUCCCAUAAACAUGUCAAUAAAUUCAAAUUUACAGAA